AUGGGUGUGAUGACAAGCCGCGGGGAGCAAGGCGGCUUCUCCGGGGCCUGCCCUCCCGGCGCUGGUCUGGCCCUGGCCCUGGCCGCCACAGCCACAGGGCGGCAGGCAGGUGGGGGUGCAGGGGGCUGGCCGCCCGGCCCCACUCCCUCUGGUCAUCCCCCUCCUCGGGCCUGCCCAGCUCACGGCCUGUGGUGCCAGGACUGCACACUGACCACCAACUCCAGCCACUGCACCCCGAAGCAGUGCCAGCCCUCAGACACAGUGUGCGCCAGCGUCCGCAUCACCGACCCCAGCAGCAGCAGGAAGGACCACUCGGUGAACAGGAUGUGUGCUGCCUCCUGCGACUUCGUCAAGCGGCACUUUUUCUCAGACUACCUGAUGGGCUUCAUUAACUCUGGGAUCCUGAAAGUAGACCACCUGGGACCCAUCAGCUCUCCAAAUAGCUCCUGCCCCCCCUUCUGGGAGCCAGCCCUGGCCCCCACCCCGUCCAUCAGCCCCCGCAGGACCCAGCCCCCGCCUGUGCGGCUCUGCUCCCAGCCGUCUGGAGAGUGA